AUGCCGACUACGGAGACCAUGGACGAGGUACCACAUCGGUCACCCGUGCCCCUUCAAUGGGAGUUGGCUCGACAGACGGAAAUUUUCCUCGAAGACUCACUAUGGCCGCAAGCGUAUAGCCUUCUCUUCAAUGUUCUUGCUUCCGGCACGAUCUCAUCAACAAAAGCAGUGAUUCCGCUCCCGCAGCAUCUCGCCGUCGCAGCUACGAUGCUCGUGCACCCAAGAACGACAACGCGCGCCGAAUCGGAGUAUGAAAAAGAAGCACCCAAUGCAGCUUUACGAUUUCUUCGCCUGACAAACUCCCGUGUUGGUCCCGUGGAUGCAAAGUUUAACCUCGCGUUCAACUUCACCCAGUUCGCAUCUUCGCGACAGGGUAGGCGGCGCGGGGGGAGCCCGAUGCUCAUUGAGCAUGACAAUCCUGAUACCAGGCCUCUGAAUACGAAAUUCAACCAAGCUUCUUCGCUGUGGCACUGCGCAGAGGAUUUUUGGCACGCCGUCGGAUGGGCAUUUAACUGUUCCGUACUUCACCCGGCGCGGUGGGAGCGCUGGCAGAUAUGGCUCCAGUUUAUGUGUAACGUACUUGAAGAUGACUGGAAAGAGCGUGAAAAGAAAUACCUCGAGGCAAAACAAAGCCAAAGGGAUACCUCGAAAGAAAGACGCAGGGGCAGAAAACCUAAGAGUGAGGUAGUGGCGGUGCAUGAUGAUCUCGGAAUCUUUCGAGAAAGCCUGAUCUAUCGUUAUAUCGUCUCAAACACCACAGCUGGACGAGACCGCAGAAUCAUGCGGGCGAUCUUUGCCAAUGGCAAAUCAAACCCCGGCGAGUUCAGGGAGGUAUUCAACGAUGAACUGAAAAUCCCUGUUCCUGAACAAGACUCCCAUAAGACCAAGAAGAGGGCCGGUGAGAUCAACCUUGAUAAGGAUGACUAUGGCGACUACCUGGACAUUUCGGACGAGGAUUUCGAAGGUGAUCAAAGCUCGACCUCGGUAUCACCUUCAGCCCAGGGAUCGAAUGCAAGCAAGCCACGGCGUAGCAAGCGCACCCGACGAGGAACACGAAACGCAAUGGACGAAGCCACAGACCCCGUCAAGAUGCCCAAAGGAAGCCAAACAUCCUCCAACGAAAACAGUAAUUUAUCCCCGCUAGGCGGCUACACCUCCCUCGCCCUCCGCCAACAACUCCUCGGCAUCCUCUCCAGCGUCUCGGAAAAACUACCCCGGGACUUCUUGCCCUUAGACAACCUCUACGACAUGUUCGUCGAGAAUAUCCGCGAUCUCUCCCUCCCGCUCUUCCAACACUUCAUCGCCCCAUCUAACCUCCCGCACCUCCUCCCCGAGGCGCACUCUACUCUCUGCGAACUCCUCCUCUUCGUCUUCCGCGAGAGCUCCGCACCAAGCUCCGACAACAACUACCUCACCCAGGCCAAGCUGGAGGAAUGCUUCCUUCCCUACGCGGCGGCUACCUCAAACGUUGGAAACAACGCCAAGGUCUCUAUCCUGCUCGAGGCCCUGAUGACACUUCUGCAUAAGAACAAUAUGCUUUCUGUCACUCCUUCGCUGGCUAAAGCUGUUCGGUCUGGAAUUGCGCGUCGUGAACAGGCUAGUCGUGACCGGGGCUCGAUUGAAUGGGCUUACUUGCAGGAGAGUGGGUUUAGGAUGAGGUUCAUGGUCGAGCAUAUCUUACCAUGA